GUUGAUAAAAUUAGGGUUCAAAGUUAAACGGCUCUUUCAUUCUUGCUUAAACCCUCGUUCCCCUCUUUCCAAUUCCUCAAUUUCCGGCAGCCUCGUCACCCUCUUCCCAGUUCACGCCCCUUUCCAUUUCUAGGGUUCACGCAGACACGCACAGAGCCACUGGCUAUUCUGCAAUCGCCUCUUGUCCCACAGUCGCCACUUGCAGAUAACUUCUCUGUUCAACUUAAGGCCUCUCGGUUGCACACUCGCCACAGUUUGAUUUGAAGAGAUUCUAUAAGCAAUAAUUAAAGACCACGGAAUGGUGGGACUAUCUGUUGGAGAGAAGCAUUUUAUACAGGGAGGAAUUGCUCAAGACCUUCGUACAGAUGGGCGUAAAAGAUUAACUUAUCGCCCCAUAUCUGUUGAAACUGGAGUCAUUGCUCAGGCAAAUGGUUCAGCAAGAGUAAAGAUGGGUAAAACUGAAGUCAUAGCUAGUGUGAAGGCUGAAUUAGGAAGACCAAAUUCUUCAGCCCCUGACAAAGGAAAAGUUUCCAUAUACAUCGAUUGCAGUCCUACAGCAGCACCACAAUACGAGGGAAGAGGAGGCGAAGAAUUGUCAAUGGAACUCUCUGCAGCCUUGCGACAAUGUCUUCUGGGUGGUAAAACUGGAGCAGGAGCUGGAAUUAAUCUUUCAUCUUUGUCAAUAGUGGAUGGGAAAGUGUGCUGGGAUUUAUACAUUGAUGGUCUUGUGAUAAAUAUAGAUGGAAAUAUACUCGAUGCCUUAGGUGCUGCUAUCAAGGCUGCUUUAAGCAACACAGGUAUCCCAAAAGUCAAUGUUGCUUCAACUGCUCCUUCUGAUGAACAACCAGAAGUUGAUGUGAGUGAUGAAGAGUUUCUACAAUUUGACACAACUGCAGUUCCUGUCAUAGUUACUUUAACUAAGGUUGGGAGGCAUUAUAUAGUGGAUGCAACUUCAGAGGAGGAAUCAGAAAUGAGUUCAGCAGUUUCGGUUUCGGUCAACAGACAAGGACUGAUUUGUGGGUUGACCAAAAGAGGUGGGGCCGGUUUGGAUCCGAGUGUUGUACUUGAUAUGAUAUCGGUUGGAAAACAUGUGAGUGAGCAGUUGAUGAACAAAUUGGAUUCUGAAAUUGCUGCAGCUGAAGCAACCAUGGAAGAGGAGUGACUCAUCAUGAUCAUGUUUUUAAUGGAUGUAAAGAGAUUAGAGAGAGAGAGAGAGAGAGGUGUUAUUGUGUUGAUUAUUUUGAUAGUUUUGGUUAGAAGAACGUUUUAUGAGAGGUUAAAAAUGACAUUUUGAUGUAACGUGUUAUAAAUGAUGAUAUGGGUAGUUAUGUUUUAAUUUGAAACUAGGGAGAUGUUUUGGA